AUGAGCGGUCGUAGAGGUAGCUAUCGAGAUGAUGAGAUACCAACGUUAUAUGUACGACAGGUACAUUACUCCGCUCGGCCUGAUGAUUUGCGUGCGUUAUUCGAACAGAUGGGACCUGUUCGUGAUGUCUAUAUUCCGUUGGAUUAUUACACACGUGAAUCACGAGGUUUUGCAUACGUAAAAUUUGAAUUUACGCGAGAUGCAGAAGAUGCUUUGAGGGAAUUGAAUGGCACAAGCAUUCUGGGAAGACGUAUCGAGGUUGAAUGGGCUGAAGGACAGCGAAAAACAAAAACAGAAAUGCGUGCAAGAGAUUCCUAUAAUUCAUAUCGUGUUCGAAAUCGCUACCGCAGUCGUUCACCGUAUAAGUCUGGACAUGACCGUUCACCACGACGUCGAUCACGUUCAAGACGUCAUUCACAUUCACGCUCAAAGCGACGUUCGCAUAAUUCACGACGACAUCGUUCAGAGUUGCGACGUCACCACAGCAGUGCGAGAUCGAGAAAUAGUAGGAGUACAAGAUCAUCUUCGUCUAGUGUUCGAAAAAAUCGCAGUAAAGGUCGGGAAAUACAGGGGUCAAAAUCUCCGCCUAUUCCUGGAUCUUUAUCACGUUCAUUAGAUGGAAUUAAGAAUCCAAGUGAUGAGGAGCAAGAUAUUGUCAUGAACGAACACAGUAUUUCAAAUCGACAAAUUGCUGAAGAACUUAGAGAACCAAUCAUCGAUGAACUGGAAAUAAGAAGUGAAGCUCGAGCUAGUGAUGUUGAAAUUGAUGAAAAACAAAUUCAGAAAUCCAUUCAGAAAAAUGGAAGUACUGUCUAUCUCGAGGACCAUGUUGGAGUGGAAAUUGACGGAAGCAAUACUUCAGCAACCGAAGAGGAAGAGGAAGAUAAAGCAGUCACGGAUAUUGAAGUAAUUGAUGAAAUUGUUGAGCAAAAUGGUAUUAUUUUUAAUGAUACGGUUGUUGAAAGUGAUUGUCUAAAUAAUAUUAACGUUCAGGAAUUACUAAUAGCUGAUACCACCACUUAA